CAGUGUCUCAUUGAGUAGACUACCAAAGCUUCUGGAAAAUGUCAGGACGCGGCAAAGGAGGAAAGGGGCUCGGAAAAGGAGGUGCCAAGCGCCAUCGUAAAGUACUUCGUGAUAACAUCCAGGGAAUCACCAAGCCCGCCAUUCGCCGUCUGGCCCGUCGUGGCGGUGUGAAGCGUAUCUCCGGCCUCAUCUAUGAGGAGACCCGCGGUGUCCUCAAGGUGUUCCUGGAGAACGUGAUCCGUGAUGCCGUCACCUACACCGAGCACGCCAAGAGGAAGACCGUCACCGCCAUGGAUGUUGUCUAUGCCCUGAAGAGGCAGGGACGCACCCUGUACGGUUUCGGCGUCCAGUGGGACAUAGAGUCUCUGGUGUGCUUCGCCCAACCAGACAAUGCUGCACCCAGAGGCAGAGGUCAGCGUGCCUUCAGCCCGGCGGGCCUUCGUCCGCCGUCGCCGUCAGACAUGGAGAAGGACACGGACGGCUCUGCAGCAUGCCUCGGUCCAGAUGAAGUCCAGCUCUACCCCGCCCCCAAGCCCCCUCCUCCACCGCGAGUCAUUGAUGGCUCAGAGACCUUCACUGCUCACCAGCUCUUAGAGGUCCGUCGCCAGGGCCGCGGCCUCCAGUUCCUAGUCGACUGGGAGGCUGUCCCUACAAGAAGCAAGAUUUUCUCUGUUACGUUAUCAUUCUGCAUCAACAUGUCUGGACGCGGCAAGGGAGGAAAGGGACUCGGAAAAGGAGGCGCCAAGCGUCACCGUAAAGUGCUGCGUGAUAACAUCCAGGGAAUCACCAAGCCCGCAAUCCGCCGUCUGGCUCGUCGUGGCGGUGUGAAGCGUAUCUCCGGCCUCAUCUACGAGGAGACCCGCGGUGUCCUCAAGGUGUUCCUGGAGAACGUGAUCCGUGAUGCUGUCACCUACACCGAGCACGCCAAGAGGAAGACCGUCACUGCCAUGGAUGUUGUCUAUGCCCUGAAGAGGCAGGGACGUACCCUGUACGGCUUCGGCGGUUAAACCAGUCCCUCAACCAACUAUAAACCCAAAGGCUCUUUUAAGAGCCACCCAAAUU